AUGACCACCGCCAUCCCUGUGAUUCUCUGUGGCGCCAAGCGCGAAGUUGCAGCCCUUGUCCGCACACACAUGCUCCCGGAGUAUAAUUUUGUCUACGCCGGCCACAAUCUCCCCGCUGCAGAGCAAGAGGUCCCGCUCAUUCUCGCAGGGACGGCCCCUCCAGCAUCAGCUCUCCACACUCAGGUUGGCCCAAAUGACUUUACCAUCGCUCCACGCGCAGUCAUCACCGGCGGGGGAUACAGCGAGGGGAGGUUCCAGGCCAUGUAUCGGGCAUGCGCCAACGCCAGCGGUGUUCUCUCUGUGCCCUUCUUCAGGACAGACAACCAACUCACGGAUCAACUGGCCGCCACGGGAAAGGGCCCCGCUCACUCGUCGUCCGAGUAUCCGGCGGCAGUCACUGCGCGGCUAAAAGCCAAGCUGCGUGAGGUGGGAGUGGCACCGGGGACUACGGACAAUCCGGAGAGCAUAGCGGGGAAGACGUAUUGGUUCUAG